AUGUUUUUAUGUCUUGCAGUCAUAGUUGGUUUCAGAGACACAGACAUGAUUGGAAACGCUUAUGGCCUCUCAGUCAUCACAGUAAUGUUGGUCACCACCUGCCUCAUGUUUCUCAUAAUUACGACGGUGUGGAACCAGUCUGUUUUCUCCGCUUUCCUCUUCACCAUCAUUUUCGCCUCAUUGGAGCUUCUCUACUUCACUGCCUGCCUCUUGAAGUUUCCUCAUGGUGGUUGGCUCCCCUUUCUCCUCUCCAUAAUAACCUUAACAACAAUGUCAAUUUGGCACUAUGGCACUGCCAAAAAGCUCAACUUCGAACUCCAUAACAAGGUCUCCCUUGAUAGCCUCCUCUCUCUUGGCCCCACCCUUGGCCUUGCAAGAGUUCCUGGUGUCGCCCUUGUGCUCACCAAUAGUGUUGCUGGUGUUCCUCCAAUGUUUGCUCACUUUGUAACCAACUUCCCAGCCUUCCAUCGUGUUCUCAUAUUUGUCUCAGUUCAGACUUACGUGGUAUGGAUACAAGGAUGGAGGAAGAGAUAA